ACUUUACUUUUUGUUAGGCGAACACAUGCCCUCUUUUAGGUGCUAAGGAAGCAAUGGCAUAUAAAAUGUAUAGUUUUAUUAUCUUGUAUUGGAAAUAUUCUAAUGUAUUGUGCUAUAACCUAGGAAUAUUUACUUUUAAGAGUGGAAAACAAUUUUAUGGAAAACAAAUUUAUGCCAUAAUUUAUGCCUCUAAAUUAUGGCAGGUUCUAGGACCUAGUGGAAUCUGGCAUCUGGCAGCCUCAUUAGCAGAUGAAACAUCAGCAUGAGGCGUGGUACCUGACCUAGCAGGUACAGAAAAGCCAGUUCUUCCACAUAUAAACCAUUGAGACUCCUUUUCAGCUCUUUUCACACUGUCUCCAAGAUUAACGCAGCCUUUAUCCUUGCUUGCUAAACUGAAAGCAUGUUUCUAGCAAAGGCUUUUUUGGAAGGGGCGGAUCGGGGUCUUGGAGAAGCUCUGGGAGGCCUUCUAGGAGGAGGUGGUCAGAGAAGAGGAGGAGGAAGUCUUGGAGGGAUAGUAGGAGGAAUUGUGAAUUUCAUCAGCGAGGCUGCUGCAGCUCAGUACACUCCAGAGCCACCUCCCACCCCUCAGCAUUUCACCAAUGUGGAGGCUUCUGAAAGUGAGGAAGUUAGACGGUUUCGGCAACAGUUCACACAGCUGGCUGGACCGGACAUGGAGGUGGGUGCCACCGACUUGAUGAAUAUCCUCAACAAAGUGCUUUCUAAGCACAAGGAACUGAAGACUGAUGGCUUUACUCUCGACACCUGCCGGAGUAUUGUGUCUGUCAUGGACAAUGACACCACUGGGAAGCUGGGCUUUGAAGAGUUUAAGUAUCUGUGGAACAACAUCAAGAAGUGGCAGUGUGUCUUUAAGCAAUGUGAUAGAGACCACUCGGGGUUUCUGAAUAACUCUCAGCUGCGCGAAGCUCUGCAGGCAGCUGGCUUCCAGCUGAAUGAACAGCUUUACCAAAUGAUCGUUCGACGGUAUGCUGAGGAUGAUGAAGGUAUGGAUUUUAACAAUUUCAUCAGCUGCCUGGUCCGUCUGGAUGCCAUGUUUCGUUCCUUCAAGGCUCUGGAUAGAGAUGCAGAUGGCCUGAUUCAAGUGUCGAUCAGAGAGUGGCUACAGCUGACCAUGUAUUCCUGAAGUGAGCAGAGAACCGAGGCCUCCCUGCGGUACAGGACUGGCGAAAACCUUCCCACUCUGCCUACCCUACCGCUGCUGAUACCCUUCCAGCAGCUUAGCUUUCAUAACCUUACUCAUUGCUGAUCGUUGGUUUCCUUUUACAGCUUAAUUAAAACGUUAUUAAUGAAAA